GGCUUUGGUCGGGUCUUGCUUGUGUUGUGCGGAAGAUGGUGGCUGCAUGUUUGAAGUUUGUUUUUUUUUUGCUUUGACUUUGACUAAAUGAAGCAUCGAUACGUUAUUUCGGUUCUGCCUUUCGCCCUCCUCCUCCUGCUGCAGCGUUUCAGCCUCCUCAGUGUUGGCUCCCUGGGUGAAGAAGAUGUAACAAUAGAAGCGUUUGGUGCCAUUGGUUCUUCAAUUUUACUGGAUCCUGAAUGGGGAACUGAUGUGAGCGGCAGGGAUGUUGUGUGGGAGUUCACUGGCAGUGAUGGAAAACUUGUUACUAUUUUGGAUUAUGUACCAGGUCACCAUAAAGAGGAGCCAAAUGAAAACUUCAAAUCACGUUUGCAAUUUAUUACAUCCAAUGGGUCUCUGAUAUUAAACAAUUUAAAACUCAGUGACCAAGGGGUUUAUUGCAUCACUGUAGGUGGAGUUUGGAAACGGAGCACAGAGUUGAAACUCAUUGAACCAUUGUCAGAGCCUUCAGUCAAUGUUACUUAUGUCGAUACCACCAUUGAACUGACCUGUCAAGUGUCUGCAGGAAAAGCAAGUUCCAUUCUGUGGUAUAAGGAUGAGAAAAUGAUCACAAAUACCAACCGUUAUCAGUUCGUGCGAAACAACAGCACGUUGAUUAUUUCUAAAGUCAUGAAAUCAGACUCCGGAAGCUACACUUGCACCAUGGCGAAUAUUGUUAGCAAGAAGAAUACUUCCUAUCCUCUUGUGAUUUACGGUUUUCCAGUGCUGCAUUAUUAUACAAUGGAAUUAUCCACUGUUGCACUGAUAAUUGCUGCUGUUGCCUUGACCUGCAAAAUAAUUUCAUGCCGUUACGCCAACACGUAUCUUGAGUUAUUUGAAAAUCUGCUACCAAUCGUGCAUUAUAUGCUUCUGAUCACUAUGUUUGGGUAUUGGAUACGGGUUGAAGGACCUCACACAACCUCAGUGCUCUUGUUGGGGUUUUUCUGUCUCUUGCUAAUACCGCCCAUGUUAUCGAUUUUCAUGAAGGCUUGUGACAAUAGAAGGUUAAUUAAGUUCUUAAAGACCAGAUCUUGCUGUCUGAUGCGAAUGAAUGCAGUAACAACAUCAGGCGACUUCAGCGUGUUGUGUGCAUCAGUCUUUCUAAUUGUGAAGCGAACAGCUGAUAAAGGACGUGAGGCAGCAGACAAUCUACAAAUAAGCUUAAUCCUUGCUGUGUUUGUGCCAUUCUUGAUAAUUCUUGCCAUUUACGCCAUAUGUAAAAAAAGCUGUGAACAGAGAACUAGAACUCCAUCUCAAAUCCCCGAUGUAAAAGAUUCUGACAAGCAUGAAUAUAUUGAUAUGGGCAUGCCUGACAAAGCCAGCAUUUGUUCAGGACCCCUAGUUGCCCUUGAGAAGGUGACAGCGAACUGAGUUCUGGAAAUGCUGCGGUCUGUCCGGUGAAGGUUCCUCCCACAACAUCAAAGUGUGGGAAAUUGGUUAGCUCUGCAAAGGAAAACAUCACAGCAUGUAUCAUCCUUUCAACUGGCUCAGACGAAACAGCAACAAAGGCAGGGUUGUAAUUAAAGGUUUCGUUUGUUAGAACAGCGAUUAUAUGUGGCAAAAAUGACACUGUUAAGAUUGUAUAUAUCUUUUUAGCCCAACAAAAAAGGGGCUAAUUAAGAAACGCUAAAUCUCCAGCGAAGGGACAAAUCAGUUAAAUUCUCCAAUGGACUUGUAUUUUAAUUUUUUAAAUAAUUUUUGUACAUAUGUAUUGUGACAUCAGGGUAGUGAGGGAAUUGCAUAAAGGGGAAGUUUCUGAUCAGCAUUUGGAUUCGUAAAGACCUAAGAUACCAAACUCAGAAAUGUGGCACAUUUGAAUCCUCAAUCCAAUCACUGGGUGCAGUUGUAAAUAUGACCUUUUAAUGUACAUGUUUCAGUACAACUGCCUGUACUGUUUGCUUAAUAAACCAACAAUAUUUGA